AGGAAGUGGGUUGUUGUUGUGGUUAGCUAGCUAGCUAGCUGCUGAGGCUACAACAAUUUAUCCACCAGUGUGUUAACUUACGACUAAUUUCAAGGUUUAGUCAGGUAUCGUUGUUUUUAUACUUGUUUUAAAUGUUUAAAUGUUAUGUUCAGUUGUACGGCAUGUUUGAUAAAUGUAACGCUAGCUAGCUGACAAGAGUUUUCUAGCAUAGACAGAUGUGUUACUCUAGUUAUCAAUGCCUUGUAUUCUAGCUAGCUACAACAUAUGGCUACUUCUACAUUUGUAAUUCUACAAAAGGUCCUGGAGACGAUGGAAAAACCUUUCUCCUAGCUAGCUACUAUCGCUUUAGUUUAGAGAUUUUCCUCAGAGCCUUUCUGUGGUUAUCAGUUGUGGAUCUUCUCUUCAAGGCAAGGUGAGGGUGUAGUUAGUUGUUGACAGGGGUCACAUGAAUGUACUGCACCAGGAGGUCAAAGGACUGGGGUGGAAGGUUGAGGAGCGUGAACUGGCUGAGGGAAAUAAUUGUGUAGAUGGAGGUGUCAGGCUACCAGUCCAAGCUGCUGUGUGAGCUCAAUGAGCAGCGCAAGAGAGACUUCUUCUGUGACUGCAGUAUAGUCGUGGAGGGGCGUGUCUUCAAGGCCCAUCGCAACGUCCUAUUCGCUGGCAGCGGCUACUUCCGAGCCCUAUUGGUCCACUACCUACAGGACAGUGGUCAGCACCACAGUACAGCCUCUCUGGACAUCGUGACGGCCGAGGCCUUCUCCUCCAUCCUGGACUUCCUGUACUCGGGCAGACUGGACCUGCGCAGCGACAACGUCAUCGAGGUGAUGUCAGCGGCCAGCUACCUCCAGAUGACUGACGUGGUCUCCUUCUGUAAAGGCUACAUCCGCUCCUCUCUGGAGAUCUGUAACAGGGAAAAAGAGAGGGAUAGGAACAAAGAGAAGGAGAGAGACGGUCCGGCUGACAGUGGAACCCCAGCCAUGCCACCUCCCUCUUCCACCGCCUCUGUAGCUGUUCCUUCGUUGUCACUAGAGGGAGAUGGAGUUAGUCAUGUACGUUCAGAAUCCUCCCCUUCCACUGUCACAGACCCCCCGUCCUCGGCAGCAGCCCUCCCCAGGGUCCCCACGCCCCCCGGCCCUAGCAGAGACUCUGAGAGCGACUGCAGCUCCAGAGGGGAGUACCCAUCUCAUAUUAUUGGGGGCCGGACCCCCCACGGACACGGGGACCAUGUGAUGAACCCUCUUUCCUCUGGGUUGACCCUAGAACUGGUGCGCCCCAAGAUCGAGUACGACCCCGAUGACGAGCCCGAGGAGGGGUCUCCCGAUACCAAAGACCUGACGUUGUUUAUGGGACCCCCCCUCCACACCCACCACCCAGACCACCUCCAUGACAGGCUGGCGUCCUCCAGCCCUUCCCCCAGCAGCGAGCGCUCCUCCCUGGGCUUCGGGGGCUGCCACGCCAGGCAGUUCAUGGAUGUGCUGUUGAGAGGCAGCUCCAGUCCCCACAGGGACAGAGGGGAGCAGGGCCAGAUGUUUGCCCAGGGAUUGGGCCUCUGGGGUGGGGGAGGCAGGGUGGAUGAGGGUCUGGGGAUGGGUGGGUCCUCUAUCAUGGAGAUACAGAGCGACUGGUACGGAGAGGACACAGGUGAUGGCUUGUUAGUGCCGGUGAAGCUCCACAAGUGUCCAUUCUGCCCGUACACCGCCAAGCAGAAGGGCAUCCUGAAGAGACACAUCCGCUGUCACACUGGAGAGAGACCCUUCCCCUGUGAGACGUGUGGCAAGAGGUUCACCAGGCAGGAACACCUCCGCAGUCACUCACUCAGCGUGCACCGUUCCAGUUGGCCCGUGGUUUGUAAGGGGUGCAGACGAAGCUUCACUGGAGCCCUGUCCCACGGACUGAAACGCUUUGGCCUGUGUGACAACUGUACCUGUGUUACGACCACGGGCCACGAAGACUCACCUCCCGCCCACAUCAACCUCGACGGCCAACCAGAGGCCAUGGAACGCGGAGACGGAGACAGUGAUUGGCCCAGGUUCAGGGAUGAUGCUGAUGACAUGGAGGCCGGGGGGGGGAUUAUAGAGGACCUGGGGGAGAAGGGGAAACCACACGGACGACUGUCAGAGAUCCCAGCCACAGUGGACAUGAAGGAGACGAGACAAGGAAAGGAAGAAUUUAACUUUCAGACACAGUUUUAGUCCUAUCUUGCAGUCUUCCUCCCCCAGUGGUUUAAUUAGGGGGACAAUCCGAGACUGAGACAGAGGUCCAUGUUAACUUGGUCUUGGCUACUAUCUUCUACCAAAAUAACUGUGGAACAGAAUCAGAAAUGCAUGACCAUAAGAGGACUGGGUUUUCCCUCGGAGAAAGACGUUGUGUUGACCAUAAGAGGACUGGGUUUUCCCUCGGAGAAACACGUUGUGUUGACCAUAAGAGGACUGGGUUUUCCCUCGGAGAAACACGUUGUGUUGUCCAUAAGAGGACUGGGUUUUCCCUCGGAGAAACACGUUGUGUUGUCCAUAAGAGGACUGGGUUUUCCCUCGGAGAAAGACGUUGUGUUGUCCCUAGGAGAAAGACAUUGUGUUGUCCCUAGGAGAAAGACGUUGUGUUGUCCCUAGGAGAAAGACGUU